CUCCCCCGUGCCUUAGGUUUCCUUCGUCACGUCCCUUUCAAUCGUACAUGUCAAUUCUCCUAUGAUCUAGGUUCCGAUAAUCUACCUAUCUCGACUUCCCUACCCUUCCGCUCGUUUUGCCAUCCACCCUCUACCAACUCGGUUUGGGGUCCCUCCGCCAACCUCGCUCCCCUCGGACUGCAGCUCUCUCGUCCUGGUGUCCCACCACGACAGUUACAGUCGCAAUUUCCGCUGUAUAUAUUUUAACUGCCUUGCGACGCUUCCUCCAACCACCCCCCCUUGGUCCGCUGAACUGCCGACACUAAAGGAGAGUAUACGAGGAUCUGGCUGCCAUCGUCGGGGCCCGGCUCGUAGGAGCGGAUGCUCUCCCUCCACCAUCGUGAGAAACACAGCACGGUCGCCCAUUGCAUGCCCCCGCGAGGGUCACAACUAGCCUAAAUGGCUUCGGAACAUCUUGGCGCAGAGCUCAACGAGCCCGGUCUAGAGGCUAGGGAGGUGCCCAGCAACGUCUCGGUGCCGACAAAGCGACAACGAUGGGCAACGCAGCGGGUCGGCGGCACCGGCGGCGUGCGGAAACGCGUGUCCAUCAUGGAUCGCCUUCAUAAGAAGACGCAAUCGAAGGAUGAGAAGCGCAAGUCCACGGCCAGCAAUCUUCCGACCGCCGAACACCCUGACGCCGAGGGCGAUUCCGAAGCGAGUACUCGAAGGGUCUAUUUCAAUAUCCCUAUCCCGGAAUCGGAACGAGAUGAAGACGGUCACCCCAGCGCCGCGUAUCCCCGGAACAAGAUCAGGACUGCCAAGUAUACGCCUCUAUCGUUCGUUCCGAAAAACAUCUGGUUGCAGUUUCACAACAUUGCAAAUAUCUAUUUCUUGUUCAUUAUCAUUCUAGGUUUCUUUUCCAUCUUCGGUGUCGAUACACCCGCCCUUAACGUUGUCCCGCUGGCUGUCAUCGUAGUGGUGACCUCAAUCAAAGAUGCGAUCGAGGAUUGGCGGCGAACGGUACUCGACAACGAAGUCAAUAAUUCUCCAGUCUACCGCUUAAUUGAUUGGAACAACGUCAAUUCGACCGAAGACAAUGUGUCGCUUUGGCGUCGGGUCAAGAAAGCCUCUACUCGGGCGACCAUAUUUACCUACAGGUUCUUCAAAAAUUUGUCUCAGAAGAAGAAUGGCGGUACGACGCCCGAGGAAAGCGACCGGCGCGCAUCCUUCAUGACCACCGUGUCCCCGCGAGCGUCGAUGUACUCUCAACGGGGCGAUGGCGAGCCCGCAGACGACAUCAUCCAAAUGACUCCCGUUUCAUCCCCGACCCCCGAAGCACGACCAGACUGGCCCCUGCCGGGCGGAAACGACGCCCACUAUCUGCACCCCGACAAGGCAGCGCGGGAUAGCAUGGCUGUACCGCCUACCCCUACCACGCCUCCUCGGAAAGGUGGUAGCGUGGUCGACAAGACGAAGCAGACCCUCGGAAAGGCUCGGUUUAAACGCGAUUUCUGGAAAAGUAUCCAGGUUGGAGAUUUCGUCCGAUUGUACAAUGGGGAUCCUAUUCCGGCCGACGUCGUGGUGUUGUCUACUUCGGACCCGGACGGUGCCUGUUACGUGGAAACCAAGAGCUUGGAUGGCGAGACCAACCUCAAGGUCCGACAAGCUCUGAAUUGCGGGCGCCAAGUCAGACACGCCAAAGAUUGCGAGAAGUCCGAAUUCGUGAUCGAUAGCGAGGCGCCCCACCCCAAUCUGUACGCCUACAACGGUGCGCUGCGAUGGGACCAGCGCGAUCCGGAUUUCCCGGAAGCCCCUCGCAAGGAAAUGGUGGAACCCAUCACCAUCAACAACAUUCUCCUGCGUGGUUGCACUCUCCGCAACACCGAAUGGGCCCUUGGUGUGGUUGUUUUCACUGGUGAGGAAACCAAGAUCAUGCUGAACUCGGGUGCGACGCCCACGAAGAGAGCCCGGCUCGCCAAGGAUCUCAACUGGAACGUCAUCUACAACUUCAUUCUCCUGUUUGCGAUGUGUCUCAUCUCCGGUAUCGUCAACGGUGUCGCGUGGGACUCCAACAACAAGUCUCUGAAUUAUUUCGAUUUGGAGUCUUAUGGAGCUACGCCGGCGAUCACUGGUAUCAUCACGUUCUGGGUGGCGCUGAUCCUGUUCCAGAACUUGGUUCCGAUUUCGCUCUAUAUCUCUCUUGAAAUCGUUCGUACAAUCCAGGCCGUGUUCAUCCACAGCGAUGUCUUCAUGUACUACGAGAAGCUGGACAUUUCCUGCGUUCCGAAGUCUUGGAAUAUCUCGGAUGAUGUAGGCCAAAUUGAGUACAUCUUCUCCGAUAAGACAGGUACCCUCACUCAAAACGUCAUGGACUUCAAGAAAUGCACGGUGAACGGCGUUUCAUACGGUGAAGCCUUCACGGAAGCUCAGAUCGGUAUGGUACGCCGAGAAGGUGGCGAUGCUGAUGCUGUGGCUGCCGCCGCCCGGGACCGAAUCGCCAGGGAUACCGAACGAAUGAUUCGACUGCUUCGCGGAAUCCAUGACAACCCUUAUCUACAUGACGACGCGUUGACUUUCGUCUCAUCAAACUACGUCGCGGAUCUGGACGGCCAGUCGGGCGUCGCCCAAAAGAAGGCCACGGAGCACUUCAUGCUUGCUCUUGCCGUCUGCCACACCGUCAUCACCGAACACACCCCUGGAGACCCCCCACAGAUUGAAUUCAAAGCGCAAUCCCCCGACGAAGCAGCUUUGGUUAGCACCGCUCGUGAUUGUGGUUUUACUUUGCUUGGCAGAACGAAUGACGACCUUAUUUUGAACGUCAUGGGCGAAGAACGAACCUACACCGUUCUCAACACCCUGGAAUUCAACUCGACGAGAAAGCGAAUGAGUGCAAUCAUUCGCAUGCCGGACGGUUCGAUCCGACUGUUCUGCAAGGGUGCCGAUAGUAUCAUCUAUUCGCGUCUGGCCCCCGGCAAGCAGCAAGACCUCAGAAAACGAACUGCGGAACACUUGGAAGUAUUCGCCCGCGAAGGUCUCCGGACGCUGUGUGUGGCCGAUCGGCAACUCAGCGAGGAGGAAUAUCGUGCAUGGAGUAAGGAACACGACAUUGCCGCUGCCGCGCUCACCGGCCGUGAGGAGAAGCUUGAGCAGGUGGCAAGUGAGAUCGAACAGGAUCUCAUGCUUAUUGGUGGCACUGCGAUUGAGGAUCGACUUCAGGACGGUGUCCCGGAUACCAUCUCUCUCCUCGCGGACGCCGGUAUCAAACUCUGGGUCCUUACUGGUGACAAAGUCGAAACUGCAAUCAACAUCGGCUUUUCCUGUAACCUGCUCGAUAACGACAUGGAAUUGAUUGUUUUUAAUAUUCCCGAAUCCCAGCCACAACGGGCGGCACAAGAGCUCGACAAGCAGCUACAGAAGUUCGGGUUAACUGGCUCCGAUGAGGAGCUGGUUGCGGCCCGCAGUGAUCAUUCGCCACCAGCCCCGACCCAUGCCGUUGUUAUCGAUGGCGAGACGCUCAAGCUUAUGCUUGAUGAUAAGUUGAAACAGAAAUUCCUUCUCCUGUGUAAACAGUGCAAGUCCAUUCUCUGCUGUCGUGUCAGUCCUGCCCAGAAAGCUGCCGUCGUGCGCAUGGUGAGAAACGGUCUGAGCAUCAUGGCACUCUCCAUUGGUGAUGGUGCAAAUGAUGUUGCUAUGAUCCAGGAGGCCGAUGUCGGUGUUGGUAUCAUCGGAGAAGAAGGUAGUCAGGCGGCCAUGUCGUCGGAUUAUGCCAUCGGACAAUUUCGCUUCCUCCAGCGACUCAUUCUCGUGCACGGAAGGUACUCUUACCGUCGCAUGGGUGAGUGUAUCGCGAAUUUCUUCUAUAAGAACUUGGUCUGGACCAUUGCGCUUUUCUGGUACUCGCUCUACAACGAUUUCGAUGGCUCGUAUCUCUUCGAUUAUACGUACAUUGUCUUGGUCAACGUCGCCUUCACGUCAUUGCCUGUCAUUCUGAUGGGAAUCUUUGACCAGGACGUCGAUGACAAGGUUUCUCUUGCCGUCCCGCAACUGUACAUGAGAGGUAUUGAGCGAAAGGAAUGGUCGCAGCUUAAGUUUUGGUUGUAUAUGGCCGAUGGCUUGUACCAGUCAGUUAUGUGCUUCUUCAUGCCAUACCUUCUGUAUCAGCCCGGGAACUUCGUUCACGCCGACGGAAGAGAUAUCAGUGACCGGACGAGAAUGGGUGUCCUCGUCGGCACCAGCGCAGUCAUUGCCAGCAACGCCUACAUCAUGCUGAACCAGUAUCGGUGGGAUUGGUUGACGGUGCUGAUCAAUGUCAUUAGUUGCCUGCUGAUCUUCCUCUGGACCGGCAUCUACUCUUCUAUCUCCGCAUCAGCUCAGUUCUACGGGGCUGCGUCAGAGGUGUAUGGUGCAUUGUCAUUCUGGACGGUCCUUCUCAUCACUGUUGUGAUCUGCCUUCUCCCACGGUUCGCCAUCAAAUCCUUCCAGAAAGUGUUCUUCCCUCGCGACGUGGACAUCAUUCGCGAGCAGAUUACCCAGGGCAAAUUCAAGUACUUGGACCAGUACGAGGCGUUUGUCCCCCCGCAGAGUAAGGCUCCCUCCGGUGGUUUCAGCGACGAAUCUGCUGCCUCUUCAGAUUUGGGUAAACCAAUCCAACCUAGUAUGAAGCAGGACCCCUUUUCAGAUGACCAGCAGAUCUACACGCCAUCCGUCGCCCCCACGUCGCACACGCACAACACGCAUAAUCCGCGAAGUCAAAACGGUAGCAAUGGAACGAACUAUGCCUCCAGCCUCGAUACCACUCAGCACUACCACCCUCAAACGGUGGACUACGUCCGGAACUCGGCUGAGCGCACGCGGCAUUCGUUUGAUCGAGUCCGACAUGAUUUCGAUACCACCCACGACCUUUCCCGUGUGGAAUCGUCACUCACCGGGGCUCAUGAACCGCAAAGUCCCCACAGUCCACUCAAAGGCCCCUACGAUCCUCCCACGCAUGCCGUAUAAAACCCCUGCUGUUUGUUUUCAUAUAUUAGCUCUCGCUUGAUUUCCUUCCUGUCCUUACGACCCGUCGGUUUCUUUUCUUUUCUCUUUCCUCUAAUUGCCGCUGCAUCUGAUCUGUUCUAUUUUGUAUGACGAGUAAUCUCCUUGUUUUACUGGAGCCGCGUUGUCUACUUAUUCCCCGAUAGAAGGCGUUCGGUAUACAAAUCUGGUUGGUGAUUGGCGCACAUUUCUUUUUGUGUUUUACUGAAGUUUUUCAACUUCAUCCCCCUUUGCUUUCCGCCCCCUUUACAUCUACAUCCUGGCGUACUACUGCCUGUCUCUUUCUUGUACAAAAGCAUCUCUGUGAAUGCGCAUUCUCUCACCUUUUCUUAUAUCCGUCCUUUCUUUUUUCUCUUUCUUGUUUGCUUUUCAUAUAAUAAUCUCGAGCUGCUUAAGCUCCAGGAGGUUUUUAGUGCUUCGAAAGCCAGCACAUGCAAUGAGGUUAUGUGGGGAGGAGAUUUACGGGUUUUACGUGUUCUAUUGGAAACCUCAAUGAAUUGACUAUUGACGUGGAUGUG